GCUCGAGACUGGAGCAGCACUGUCACAUCUGGACACAACAUCACCUCGGCUCGUGCUGCCAUGAGGAGGUCCGCUGCGCACAGAGCAUGAUCACUCCGCGGGACUGCCUCUGAUCCUCCCACCGGCCCAGAUGCCUCCGCUGCCCCUCGACGAGCGCAUAGUGGUCAUCCAGCGCCCUAAGACCUUGGCCCUGUGCGAAUCAUCCCCCCAGAGCGUCCCACAACACUCCUCACACAUCUCCACCUCUGCUAACGGACAAAUCGCACAUUCUUCUCAGUUCCAUCCGCCCCAGUCCAACUUCUACUCCUCGGCCUGCAAGUCUCUGAGCUUGGAAUGCAAGCGGAGAGGAUCUCGAGUGCAAAAAUUCCCAGGAAACCAGUCUGUUGUGCCAGCGGGGGUUAGACACACCCCUAGCCACUGUCAUAGCAAUGGCACAGUGACCCUACCAUCCCACACGCAUACUAUUGAUAUCAGAGUGACACUAGACAAAGGGGGGCGAGGACCGGGACAUAGUAACUCAUUGCGGGGCAGUGCCAAAGGUAGCAGAGGGAAAUGCGUCGCGUCACAAGUAGAUCAAGAACAAUGUAAUAGGAAGUUGCAAGUACCUACAGGGAGAUCGGAUGGAGCGGAGAGAUUGCAGCGAAGUCACCAAAGACAAUUGAGCUUAUCUCCUGGAGGGGGGCUGCAGUUUGUCCCGGCGCAGUCCCAGACAAAAUUCAGGGGUGAAAAGGAAAGCAGCGCCUACCAGAUCCGAAACAAUCAGGAGUAUUCUUCUUUGGGACACAAGAAAAGCUCCAAACUGGGAACGGUCCAUCAAAGCCAUAACACUCACAGUCUACCUUACCAGCACAGCUCUGUCCCUGUACCCCAUGCCUCUAUCCUAAACUCAAAUUUCACCCCAUCUCCUCCCUCCCAACCUCCCCCUGCUCCCGCUCCUAACCCAUUUCAACAGCUCAGCCAGCCUCGUCCUUCCCGACCUCGAGACCCCCGCUCACACCUUCUCCACGGGUUACCCCUUUCCCCCUGCUCCUCGCACAAUGGCACCUUCCCGAGUCCGGACCACACCUGUACCAUCGACUGCACCCAUCCGUUUAGCUGCGGUUGCUGGCGGCUGCUGAGAUGCAGAGGGUGUAAAGGUCGAUCGUCAAGUUGCCAGGGAGGAGGCGGGAGCACAUCUACCUCGUUUUCCUGUGUUCAUAAUGUCGCCGCAGUCAAACGAGGCAGCAAAGAUAUGAAACAUUUAACUGGCUGUUUAUCCACUGCUUCAACUACCAACACCUCUUCUUCUAAUAGCACUGUGUCCGAUUGUCGUGGAAAAAUGUUUAAGCCUUGUCCGUCCUGUUCCGGGGAAGCAAGCACCUACGAAAGUCCGGCUAUACUUCGAAAAAGACUGGUAGGAGGGUGCUUGCCGUGUAACCCGCUGUCAUCUUCUGGUCCGAUCCGAGCGUUGCAGAGCUGCGUAACAGGUUGCAAUCCCAAAACUUCCCAAACAGGCAGCUCCACUUGUAGUUAUUGCAGCAGCGACCCAAUAGUCGUGACUUAUAAUCCUCGUAGGGCCAAACCUCCAGCAGCAAGAGCGAUUGGAGGAGCUCAGCCUAUGGGAAUGUACGAUGAUGAUGACUACAAUGUCCGUAAUAUCUGGCCCGAAGAACUGGCCAAAAAGAUGGCACAUUCCAAAUCACAGAAUCUCCGUCCCGGUAUAGGAAUGGGGAACGCCUGCCCAAAUCAAUCCCAAAAUAUCACCAAUGCAACAAGUUUGCUUUUGGACUGUCAGAAUCUACCGGAAUACGGACACGGCACAGAUUAUACAGGAAGACGCAGGUUUCAGCAAGGAAAAAUGUCUGCCACUUUCGACUUCAAAAGUUACAGAUCGGGGUAUAAUGACGGCCACAACUCACUGAAUAGACUGAUUACUAAGGAAGAUACUGGACUCAGGGAGCAUUUCGACAAUGACCAGGACACCGCAUAUCCUUGCCCUCCACCUCGUCCUAACUCUCCCCCGUCACCUGUGUCUUUCUCGCCUCCACCCUCUGCACCCAGUACCCUCAUUAAACCCAAACCGAGGCCACGGGAUGGGGGACACUCUCUUCCCUCUGCCCAGUCACUGCACCUGGCCCUGAACUCUUUCAACAGAGGGCUAGACGAAGAGAACAGCAGAAGGCACCUCACCCUGCCCCUCUCCUCCUCGCUGCCGGCCUCACUGUCCGACGAAAGUGUGAUGACUCCUGAUGCCGAGAACGCCGUCAUCAGUCCCAUCCUGCCUUUCCUUUAUCUCGGGAACGAACGAGACGCCCAGGAUUUGGAUCUGCUGCUCCGUAUCAACAUCGGCUUCGUGGUAAACGUCACCACACACCUACCCCUCUACCACCAGAAGGCCGGUCUGCGCUACAAGAGGCUGCCUGCGACCGACAACAGCAAGCAGAACCUCCGGCAGUACUUCGAGGAGGUCUUUGAGUUCAUUGAGGAGGCAUAUCAGAGUGGGCAGGGCGUCCUGGUGCACUGUCAGGCCGGCGUGUCCCGUUCUGCCACCGUGGUCAUCGCUUACCUAAUGAAGCACACCCUCAUGACUAUGACCGACGCCUACAAAUACGUACGGAGCCGACGGCCGGUGGUCUCCCCCAAUCUCAACUUCAUGGGUCAGCUGCUGGAGUUUGAGCGGGACCUGAACUCCGGAGUGACCCCUCGAAUCCUCAUGCCCAAACUUAACGGAGUGGAGACACAGCCUGUUUUCAUGUCUGUGUGCACGCGCAUUGGUGGGUUUGUGGGCCAUGAACAUAUGAUUAUAAUGGCCUGGUUUGGUUUGCUUACAGUGGAAUACAUUGGGAUGAAAGGAGACACCCCAGUGAACAGCACCAUGAGCGUCGGCCAAGCCAGGAAGCUGGUGGAGCAGUUGAAGAUUGAGGCUAGUUUCUGCAGGAUAAAGGUGUCAAAGGCUGCAGCUGACCUCAUGGCCUACUGUGAUGCACACGUUUGUGAGGACCCCCUCAUCACUCCUGUGCCCACCUCAGAAAACCCUUUCAGGGAGAAAAAGUUCUUCUGUGCUCUGCUUUGAGACAAAUCAGGGAUUGAAAUGGUUCAAGUACAACUGUACACUGUGUACAUGUACUUCCAAACUAAAAUAAGACAUCCAUGUACUAUAGCCAUCUUGCAUAAAAGCUGCCGUAGUACAAAACAUCCAUGUUCUGUCACUUGUAGAAAUGAACAAAGGAAACAAAAAAACCCAAUGAUUUAACCAAAACCAUAAUAAAACCAUCAAGACCCAGGAGAAAAAAAGGCAGUGUCAUCUGGUUUAUCACAUCUCAUGCUAGCACAUACCGGCAGUUACCCAAAACAGAGCUUGUAAUGUCAUUUUAAUGGUUCAGCAGGUUUAGCUCGUUCAUGUCUUGUUUGGAAAAUGGUGGUGCUAUAUCACAGAUGGUGUAAAUGAUGGGAUACAAAAAUCCCACAGUUUAUACAAAGAAGAAAGAACAUUUCUCUCAUCCCAUGGAACUGGUUUCAGCCUACUUGUCUUUUUAUAUUGGAUUAAGUCAUAUCUCGAUUUUGGCAGUUACAUGUGACUUCUGUUGUUUAUAGAUAAACCUGUUUUUAAAUCUAAUGGUAGGUUUAGGUAGAGUUUAGAAUUUAACUAAUUUGUAAUAGUUGCUCUAGAAAGGAUGCGGAACAAGUGAAGUAUGAGUGUGCAUAGGUGCUACUGUGACUCUAGCAGCAACUUGAGCAAAUUGUGGCUAUUCAAUUCAGAUUUUAUAGUUCAACAGCGCACAUUUGAUCUAUAGGUAUGCAAUAGUCUACCACUGUAUUCUAUGCCAUCAAGCUUAAUAAACAGCUGUUCUGUUAUGACUUAUUUUAGUAAUUUCUAAAAGGUAUAUAUCAGUUCAAUAAAGAGAUUCCCUUCAAUGUGUAAACCCAAUUUCAAGGCCUCUAAACUUUGGGAAACACAACAAUGUGCAAUAAAUUGAUACUGUCCUCAAAAAAGGGGGUUUGUGACUGGCUUUACAUUUUAAUUCACAGUUAUAUAUUUGGAAAGCUUGUGCUUUCUAAUGUUUCAAUCCUUCCAUUGCAUCAGAA